ACCCACUAUAUAUAUUUAUAUAUAUUUUAAAUUCUUAAUUUUAAAAAUCUCAAAUCCCACUAGAGUAAACAACUUUGAGGAGGGAGCAUUCCGUUGUGAUGCACAUAUGACAUCUCAAUUGCCCAUCCAUCCAUCCAUGAUGGACUUGUUUCAGUUUGACUUCAAAAAGUGGUUUCAUGAUCUCCUCCCAGUGUAUCUCUCCCUCAAAAUUGCGACAUCACAAUUCAUAGAGUUGGGUUUAUCCCAUAUGAAUCGAUUCCCCUUCAUUGUUACAAUCGUUGAUGCCAUGAUAUCCCUCUACUACCGAACCUGUGGUUUGUCACCAUGCACCGUCGACUUAGAUGAUCACACCACCAUGCACUAUUGGGCCGCCAACCACAGGAAGUUCAACAAACCAGUCCUAGUCUUAAUCCAUGGCUACGGUAGCACUUCCACAUGGCAGUUCAUCCGCCAAGUGGGUCAACUCUCAGAAAGCUUCAAUUUGUUCAUACCAGACCUGUUGUUCUUCGGCAAGUCCUACUCAAAACGGUCGGACCGGGCAGUAGAGUUUCAAGCGGUUUGUGUGGGUCAAGGGUUGAAGAGAUUGGGUGUGGAGAGGUUCUCGGUGUAUGCUCUUAGUUACGGGGGUUGGGUCGGGUAUCAGAUGGCUCAUAUUUAUCCAGAGAUGGUGGAGAAACUGGUGAUCGUCAGUAGUGGAAUAGGGUUUACAGAGGCGCAGAAACGAGAACAUCGGAUUGGGAGAAAAUGGACGGACAUGCUUUGCCCUGAGAAACCUGACGAUAUGCGCUUCCUCGCGGCUAUGGCAAUCCACAAGUACGCUAUUUCCAAGUGGGUCCCUGACUUCUUCUUAAGGGAAUUUCUCAUUGUGACUUAUUUGGGGAGACAAGGACAAUAUCUUCCCUCUACGUUUGGGCCAUCAAUUGCAAAGGCAUUUGGGACCAAAAUCAAAGUUAAAGAUAAUUAAGGACACAGGACAUGCAGCAAAUGUCGAAUCUCCACAUUUGUUGAAUGAUUUAAUCAAAUCAUUUGUUUUGGGUAGCCCAAAGCUUGAUGUCUAAGAUCCAAAUGGCAAAUAAAUGUAAUAUAUAUAUAUAUAUAUAUAUGUAUUGUAGAUCUUAAUUACUACAUUGUAAGAGAGAGAGAGAGAGAGCCAAUGAAUUGUUGUGGUUCUUCAUCAUCAUCAGUCUCAUUUUAAUUUUGAAACUGCAAUUCAAGUAAUAAUGUACCUCUUUGCAAGCCAAAAAGAUUUCAUUGAGCCUAGCUUCUGCAAAUUGCUUAGCUUUGUAACACCAUAUGAGAUAGUGAGUGACUAACCU